GAAGGCGUUGGAGGAGGAUCUCCAAAAUAAAAUCAACGAGGUCAGUGGACUGCAGGAGUUGGCACACACACACGAAACGAACCUGCAGGAGACGCAGCAGAAGGUGGUUGACUUGCAGGAAGCUCUCGAUGCUGCUCGCAGUGAAAUGAAUGUUCUGCGAGACACAGUCGACGCGGGGGGACAAGAAAUUCGAGGAGCUCAAGUGCCAGUCCACCGAGACCAAAUUAGACCUGACGAAUAAACUUCAAGAAAAAGAAGAACAACUCGCAACGUCCUCCAACAUCUGCGGCCGGUUGCAAGGUGAUGUUGCAAGCUUAAAACGGUGCAUGGAAGAACAACGCUCCAAACAUGCGGCGGAAGUUCAAGCGUUAAAAGAAUCAGUGGACGAGGCCAAAAAGAACUUAAAGCGCGUCAAACAAGAAAUGAUAAAGGUCAACAAAGAGAAGGAGGACGUCAUGCAGGAAGCUGAUACUAAAGUGAAGGAUAUGUUAGGUAUCAUUGAGCGGUAUAGGUCUGACAACGAGAGCAAUAUGAAAAAGAUAACAGCAGAAUUACUAGAAACCCAGCAGAAACUUGCAAUGAAGGAGGCAGAUAUUGCAAAUGUGGCAUCGGCAAACACAAAACUCCUCGUGGAAGCUGUUGCUGGAACGAAGACACAUACCAAACCAAAAAUGGGCGCUACUGCUUAUACAGUAGACUUGCCACUGGAUACCGAUGAGCUAAAAACUCCAAGCCCUCGACAAUACCUCAACCGCCGUCGCCCUCCCUUUGAAAUGUACAAAAAUACUCCCACAGCGAAAGCAUUACAAGUUAUAAGGUUUUCUGAAGACAUGCCAUCCCAGGAGGAUCGUCCGCAGCCAGGUAUUAUGAAGGCAGGAUCAAGACGCAUCCUCGUACCUCCAACUGAGCAGAAGCGAGUUGCGUUCAGGUCUCCGUUGCCUCGAGUUUGCGCCAACGACGGAGACUCAAGCUCUGAUGCUUAUGCUUUGGAGCUUGAUGAUUCUUUUGAUGAGAUUGUAAAGCCAAGGAAACGGAGUUCAAGCAGCAUUCCCAGUGCAAACGUGGCACCGACGUGUAGCAAGGCCACGCUUAAUGUGGCAGCCAGCGUAAAUAGGGACCGUUCUAUUCUAUGGGCUGUUCCAGAAGAGAAGGGCCGCCAGCAGCCAGACGGUGGAAAGCCGUAUUGCAAGAGGUUUAAAUCAAAUAAGACGAAGUAUGGAGUAAAGACGUACAGUGCGAUUAGUCCCUAAGAACAAGAAUAAUGCAGAGAAUCAACAGCCAAAAAUGACAUCAAAGGAUGACUGGAUCAACUGAAUAAAGACCUUACAACAGGAUGUGUUAUUUGUAACAUGAAAAUUAUUCUCUAACAGGUGUACUUGUUUCGAAAAUGUUAUCAUGUCAUAAUCAAAUAUUUAUGUAGAAUAUUACAUAUACUGUAUAAUGUUUAGGAUGGUAUUUGUUUUAAUGUUUGAUUAUACAGAAUGCAUUAUUUUCAUAUUGAUUUUAUGAUUAUUUGUUAGGAGGUUGAUGAUUUAAUAUUGACAAACUGCAAUUUUGUGUUCCUUUUUGCAGAUCUAACCACAGCUAUAUGAAUCACAGGAUUUCAAAUGUAUUACUUUUAUUUGAUUCCACUUAACUGUGCUUACUAUGUAUUCAUUACUUAUCCAAGGGAGGUAAGGAAAUUCAUUUAUAGAUUCAUUUUGAUAUAUAAGUCUAUAUAGUUUUUCUGUUUGCAGUUAAUAAGCUUCUAACAAUGAAAUAAACUAUAGGAUUUAAGAUUUGAUAGUUUUCACAGAUAUAUAGCUAGAUAGUAAACAAGGAAAGAGAGAUGGCAGGCACUUUGCUGACAAAAAGGUCUUAUUUAAGUUAUGGGAUUACAAAGUUAAUAGUUUUGUUGUAAUAAAUUUAUUUAUGAUACUUGUGAAUUAAAUGUAGUCUUUAA